AGUGGAUCUCUCAACUGUAGUCUCAGUUGUCAGUCCACGUCGUCUGGAGAUUCCCGCAGAAAGAUAACUUGGAAAUUCCGCCGAAGCCAAGAUGCAAUCGGUGAAGCUUUCCAUAGGAUUAGUCCUCUUGGGCAUUUGGUGUGUCAGCUCUGCUCCGACAUCGAAUGGAAAUGGAACGUGGAUCCUUGUACCAUCAGGGAGAGGAUCGUUUACCAUACAACCUAGAAAUGAAACGUUCAUUCAACCCAGAUGGACUGCUAUGCCCCGAAACUUCGACGCCUUCAUAAACCGACUAGCUAAUAAACAAGAAAGAGACGAUGGUGUCACUUGCGGCUCUCACAGUCUGAGUCCUGGCCAGACGGUGACGAUAAAGUCGGAGAAUUUCCCCGGAAGAUAUCCUCCGAAUGAAAGAUGCAGGUGGACCUUCCAGGGAACCUCCCCAGACUCCAAGCUCACAAUAUCAUGUAGUGUUUUCAGAUUAAGGCCUUGUAAGAGGUCAUCGGUGGUCAUUACAGGAGAAGGACUCAGUAAAAGAUACUGCAGAAACAAGGAUGGACUCACAGAAACAAGCGACGGUAACAACAUGGACGUAUACUUCAGAUCUAGUGCAAGUACAAGGACAAAGAAAGGUUUCACCUGCAGGGUUUCUGCUUCAGUGCCACCAACUACAACGGUUCCUACUUCCCCCGAAAUCUCUUCAACAACAACUCAAUCUUCAGAGAAAACCUGCCAAUCAUGUGGCACUGUGAACCGAGUGACCCGCAUCGUUGGAGGAAUCGAGACCGAGGUCAAUGAGUACCCCUGGCAAGUGGCCCUUGUCUAUGCUGGAUCCAGCAGCGUCUUCUGCGGAGGUUCUCUGCUCAACGACGAACUUGUUGUGACGGCAGCGCACUGCAUCAAAGCGAUGAUAGAUUACGACAUAGAGACAGAGGUUCUUCUGGGCGCUCACGACUUGAAUAAUCCAACAGCAAUUCAACAGAGAAUUGGCGUAGCUUACAGCGGUUAUCACUCCAGUUAUGACGAAUCCACAUUGGAUCAUGACAUUGGGAUUAUUUUGCUUUCUUCCCCUGCAACUCUUAGCGAUCGCGUGAAGCCCGUUUGCUUUCCAGAUGCCUCCAAAGACUACAGUGGUUACCAGGCAAUAACCUCAGGCUGGGGAACACUUAGUGAAGGUGGUUCUCAACCAAAUAUCCUCAAUGAAGUGGAUGUCCCAAUUGUAACCAAUGAAGCCUGUAAUGCAAACUAUGAUGGUGAGAUAACCAGCAACAUGAUUUGUGCUGGGUAUCCUGAGGGGGGCAAGGACGCCUGCCAGGGAGAUUCUGGAGGACCUCUAGUGGUGGAAGACAAUGGCAAAUGGGUCUUGGUUGGUAUUACUUCAUGGGGUUAUGGAUGUGCCAGACCCGAUUACCCAGGAGUUUAUGCCAGAGUUACUGAGUACAUCGAUGCCCUAAUGGGAGUUAUGGAAAGUUAUGGUUCAAAUGAUUUUUGUGAUAGUACAACAGCUGCCACAACUCCUGCUACCCCUCCCGCUACCCCUCCUACCGGCAGCUGCAAAUGUGGUCGACGAAACCCUGUGACCAGGAUUGUCGGAGGUCAGCCAACAACAGUGCAUGAAUAUCCUUGGCAAGUUGGUUUAACAUCUUCCUCACGACCAUACUGCGGCGGGUCAAUUAUCUCCAACCAGUGGAUCUUGACAGCUGCUCAUUGUGUCGAUGGAGACAGCCCAUCAAGUGUCUACGUACUAAUUGGAGAGCAUAAUUAUGCGGUAACAUCAGAAACGACUGCUACAGAAAAACGUGCUGUAUCACAAAUUAUCGUCCAUCCACAAUACAACUCAGGCACUUAUGACAAUGACAUGGCAUUGUUAAAGCUGUCGUCCCCAAUUUCUUUCCCAUCAGACAACAAGAUUGCACCAGUCUGCCUUCCUGAUCCACAAAAUGCAUAUGAUGAUGUUGAUGCUAUAGUCACUGGUUGGGGAACGUUAUCCUCAGGUGGUAGCCAGCCAAAUGAAUUACACGAAGUGACGGUACCAACAAUGACCAACAGCAAGUGCCAGCAAUCAUAUGGCAGCAGCAUCACAAGCAACAUGAUCUGCGCAGGACUGGAUGAUGGAGGAAAAGACUCUUGUCAGGGUGACUCAGGUGGUCCAAUGGUGACUGCAGGCAACACAGCUCAAACGUUUAUGGUGCAGAUCGGAGUGGUCUCUUGGGGUUAUGGUUGCGCAUAUGCUGGAUAUCCUGGAGUCUACGCACGUGUGAAUAAUUAUCUUUCCUGGGUCUCUUCACAGACAGCAGGAUCUGAAACUUGUCCAAGACCAUUAGCAAUAUUUACACCAUCAAACGUCAAAACAUGACAGAACCAAUUAUAGGUUUCAGCUCAGGAUUGCAAGGUUCCAUUUUUCGGAUAUUUUUUACCCUUUUUUAGAAGUGUAAAUUUGUUUGUUUAAUCCUGGCAUAUUAAAUCUCUAAGCAUUGAAAA